UACGAAGAGUGGGGAGCCUCCAGCCCACGAGCAAUUUCCCUUCUUACAGAACUGGAGUUUCUCUUUAGCAGGUUUCCUAAGUACCCCUCCAGCCUGAGUGCUCUGUGAAGAAAUGUGCUGUGUAAAUAAGACUUCUUCCUGACUGGCUGGCCCUCCCUGGCAUAGAGGUCCUUGUGACAGGAGCCUCUCCAGGCUGCAGGGGAAGUCUGCAUCUGUAUAAAUGGUACAGUCUACCUCUCCACUCUGACCUGGAGGUAGAGAUCCACGUAGGCUCUGUGUGUGUAGCCCUUUCUUUCUGCAGGAGGAGCAGCUGGAACAGGAGCCAUGUUGCUGUGCUCUUUGGCCCUCUCCCUCAUCCUACUGAUGGUCUCUGGCAUUGAGUGUGAAGUGAAGGAAAUUUGUGUUGGAAGCUCAGGCAUCCCUGGCACUCCAGGGUCUCAUGGCCUGCCAGGCAGAGAUGGAAGAGAUGGAAUCAAAGGAGACCCUGGACCUCCAGGCCCCAUGGGCCCCCCUGGAGGAAUGCCAGGCCUCCCUGGGCGUGAUGGGCUGAUUGGAGCCCCUGGCAUUGCUGGUGAGCGUGGAGAAAAGGGAGAACCUGGUGAGAGGGGCCCUCCAGGGCUUCCAGCUUAUCUAGAUGAGGAGCUCCAAAACAUACUCCACAACUUGAGGCAUCAAAUCUGGCAGUCAACGGGAGUCCUCAGUUUGCAGGGUUCCAUGAUGAGAGUGGGAGAGAAGAUCUUCUCCACCAAUGGGCAGUCAGCCAAUUUUGAUGCCAUUAGAGAGUUAUGUGACAGAGUUGGUGGCAGCAUUGCAGUCCCAAGGAGUCCAGAAGAGAAUGACGCCAUUGCAAGCAUCGUGAAGAAGCACAACACUUAUACCUACCUGGGUCUAGCUGGGGACCCUAUCUCUGGAGGCUUCUACUACCUGGAUAGGGCCCCUGUGAAUUAUACCAACUGGUACCCAGGGGAGCCUAGGGGUCAGGGUAAAGAGAAGUGUGUGGAAAUGUACACAGAUGGGCAGUGGAAUGAUAAGAGCUGCCUGCAGUACCGACUAGCCAUCUGUGAGUUUUGACCAUGCAUCAAGGCCAUAGAAGAGAUAGGGUCCUGCCUUGCUUUUCAGCUUCUAUCCUGCAGAUCCACCUGAUAUAUGAAAUGCUAUAACUCCUUUGUAACAAAAUUUACUUGUGGCUAUUCAAAUAGGAGGUGACUCCUCUCUCGAGUAGAGCACUACUCGAGAAGCUGUUAACAUCAGCUUCCCCCUAGAUCACUAAUUAGUCUGACACACCCCCUGGAUCUCCUUCUCAGCACUGCACUUUAGGCAGCCACUCCUAACUUAGCCCUGUGUCAAGAGACAGAGACUUCUUUCUUCCUCUUCAUAUUCAGUUCAUUUACAGAUGGCAACAGUGAGAUGCUGGGUUGGAAGCUUCCUCCAAAGUCACACAGGAGGUGCUUGCUUCCUGGCCCCCUCUACUCUUUCUCUGAAGCCCACUGCCUACCCAGUCUCAUUAAGAUUUAUCAGUUCUGGUUGAGCAUAUGAUAGAAGCAGCUCUCCAUGAUGUCAGAGCAUCACUGGUGCCCCAGCAUAGUGAAGGCCAACCCAACCAUAAUGAUUGGCGUACAUUAUCCACUCCCUUGAGUCUUGGGUGUCAACUCAACUCCCCAACCUGAAAGCAAAUAGCCUAUACCUCCAGAGAAGAUCUUACCCCCACCCCAAAUAUAACCCAAGUGACUUCCUGCUGAUGCUCAUAUCUCCACACAACUUCAGAUCUCAUGAGGUGUUCAUACCACUCAUCAUACCACUGACUAUUUAUUGAGCACAUGCUAUGUACCAAACACCUUAACAAGCGCUUCUGGCAAAUAAAUUAUUAAAUAUUUAAAUGCCA